AUGACAUUAGUAGGGAAACUAGUACACAUAUCCAUAGAUUUGGUCUUGGUAUCAACGUGCCUCGCGGGGAUUAAACGCAAUACAGGUUUGACGCCUAAACUGGAGACUCUGGACAAUCAGACUAUGAGAAACUACAUGAAGCGGUACUUGAACUUGGGAGAGUCUGUAUACGACUAUUCUGUUGCCACUUGUGGCUCCUCGACGUAUUUCGCUAGGAAAUAG